AGAAAGUAGACGAAGUUGUAUAUUUAAAAGUGGUGGAGCAAAGUUGUGAAAGUGAGGAAAAAGGUAGAAGGGGUGUCGUCACUGGAAAACUCUGUAAGCAAAAAAGAAUGGCUGUGGAAGAAGGUCUUGAUGAUCAAUACACGCAGGAUGGGACAGUGGAUCUCAAAGGGAACCCGGUCCGUAGAUCCAAGAGUGGUGGAUGGACUGCUUGCUCCUUUGUUGUUGUGUACGAGGUUUUUGAACGCAUGGCCUAUUAUGGGAUAUCCUCCAAUCUGAUAGUGUAUUUAACAAAGAAGCUCCACCAGGGCACCGUCACCUCUGCCAACAAUGUCACCAAUUGGGUCGGAACUAUUUGGAUCACUCCAAUCUUAGGUGCUUAUGUAGCUGAUGCUCAUCUCGGCCGUUACUGGACGUUUGUCAUUGCGUCCAUAAUUUAUAUCUCGGGAAUGUCACUUUUAACAUUGGCCGUAUCACUCCCGAGCUUAAAACCACCUCGCUGCUUAGAGACCGAUAUUGAGAACUGUAAGAAGGCUUCGACAUUACAGGUAGCAGUGUUUUAUGGUGCACUCUAUACCUUAGCCAUCGGAACAGGUGGAACCAAGCCCAACAUCUCCACCAUGGGAGCAGACCAGUUCGAUGAUUUCGAGCCCAAGGAGAAGGUUCAUAAGCUAUCCUUCUUCAAUUGGUGGAUGUUCAGCAUCUUCUUGGGGACACUUUUUGCCAAUACAAUACUUGUAUGGGUGCAAGACAAUAUAGGAUGGACCUUAGGCUAUGCGCUUCCGACUCUUGGACUUGCAAUAUCCAUUUCCAUCUUCUUGGCAGGCACACCCUUCUAUAGACACAAGGUGCUCACAGGGAGUCCCUUCACAAGGAUGGCCAGGGUCCUAGUGGCUGCCACAAGGAAAUGGAGGGUGCCUAUCCCUAAUGAUCCUAAGGACCUCUAUGAGCUUGGCUUGGAAGAGUACGCAAAGAAAGGAAAGUUCAAGAUUGAUUCCACACCCACCUUGAGGUUCCUCACCAAAGCGUCUGUGAAAACUGGCUCAACUAAUCCGUGGAUGUUGUGCUCAAUUACACAAGUAGAAGAGACUAAACAAAUGUUACGAAUGAUCCCAAUCUUGGUUGCUACUUUUAUACCAAGCACAGCGGGCGCCCAGAUCAAUACUCUUUUUGUCAAGCAAGGGACCACUCUUGAUAGAGGCAUUGGCAGCUUCAAAAUCCCCCCAGCAAGUUUAGGUGGAUUUGUAACCAUAUCCAUGCUUGUCUCAGUUGUGCUCUAUGAUCGGUUGUUUGUUAAGAUUGUUCAAAGGUGGACUAAAAACCCUAGAGGCAUCACUCUCCUCCAAAGAAUGGGAAUUGGCCUUGUUAUGCACAUUAUAAUUAUGAUAAUUGCAUCGCUAACCGAGAGAUAUAGACUGAGAGUGGCCAAGGAAAAUGGGUUAGUUGAAAAUGGAGGACAAGUUCCUUUAACCAUAUUUAUUUUACUUCCCCAGUUCGUGCUUAUGGGAACCGCAGAUGCAUUUAUAGAGGUUGCCAAGAUGGAAUUCUUCUAUGACCAGGCGCCAGAAAGCAUGAAGAGUCUCGGGACUUCCUAUUCCACGACUACUCUAGGAGUUGGAAACUUUCUAAGUAGUUUCCUUCUUUCAACAGUUUCUCACAUCACCAAGGAGCGUGGUCACCACGGAUGGAUUCUAAACAACCUGAAUGCUUCUCAUCUUGAUUAUUAUUAUGCAUUUUUUGCAAUACUUACCUUCCUAAACUUCAUCUUCUUCUUGAUCGUGAUUAAGUUUUAUGUGUAUAAGUCUGAAAUUUCGGAUUCAAUGAAAGUGCUUACAGAAGAAUUGAAGGGGAUGACUAUCAAGGUAGCUGACCAAGAGGAAUCCAGGAGGUAGAUAGGAGGCUGACUGAUGGGAAAUAUUAAAGGCCAUACGAUAGCUAGUCAAAGGGGAUAUUCAACUUUGAGAUGGUUCACGAUGGACAGGCCUUUGAUAGAGCUCGAGAUAUUUUUAUAGUUUUGGCCAGGUUCACGGUUGUUUGAGAUAGUCAGGAGAAUGUAAUGUUUAUACUGUUUUUAAUAGAAAAAGAAUGCAACUUGUGUGAA